AUGGGAAAGCCCCGUAGCGGCGGUGGCGCUGGCCCCAACAGCCGCAAGACGGUCAUCCGCCAUCCCGCCGACACAUCCACCACGACGGCGGAUGUCCGCAGCGAUCGCCAGCAGCAGCAGCGGAUCAUCUCGUUUUCCCAGCAGCAGCGCCUCCUGGACGUCUUUGCUGCAGCGCUGCGGCCCACGCUGGCCUCGCCGCAGCUGGCCGCUGCUCUGCAGGCCGUCAAGAGAGCCCUCUUUGAGCGCGACUUUGCUGGAGCCUUUCUAGGAGGGACAGGAGGGCCAGCAGACGGAGGAAUAGCAGACGGAGGGACAAGAGAAGCAGGUGGGAAUGCACACAUACACACACCACCCCCUCUCGACGCCUAUGCCGCCCGCUGGAGCCCAACUCGCGCGCUCUGCUAUGCGGCCAUCCUGAGCAGCCCCCUCGUGCUGCAGCGAUGGCAGGCCAACACGACCGCCAAACAGCCGCUCCGCAUGGUCGCCCUCGGCGGUGGUGCUGCCGAGACCGUUGCCUUUGGUGCCCUGCUCGCAGACGGGCUGGUCGACGCCGGUCCUGGUCCCGACCGAGGCCACAUCGUCCUCGUCGACUCGGCUCCUUGGUCCAGCGUCGUGCAGAAGUUGUGUGCAGCCAUGACGAUGACCACUGCCACCACAGAUGACUUGCGUCAGCCCUCGCCGCUCAUUCAUCCUUCAGACCGGCUCGCCGUCGACGUCCGCCAGCUGGACAUCCUGCAGCUCUUCACGGCCGGCGGCCUCGGUGCUGCUGCCGCUUUCCUACUCCGCAUGACUGCCGCUACCGCCGCUGCUCCUGGAACUUUGCUGCUCGUCGUCGACAGCCCCGGCAGCUAUGCAGAGACGACCGUCGGCACACAGGCCCGCCGCUACCCUAUGCGCUGGUUGCUCGACAAGAUCCUCCUGCAGGAUGCUUCCGAUGCACAGCUCGGUCCGGCUUGGACCCGCCUGCACCAGGACGACUCCAUCUGGCUCCGCCUGCCACCAGCUCUCGUCUACCCCAUCCGCCUCGAGGACAUGCGCUACCAGAUCCAUCUCUACGUCCGGACAUGA